UCGAUAGCUCAAGAAAACGUCAAGUGUAUUUCGUCGGUUCAAUAGGUAUGUUGACGGAAAAUCGCGAUCAAAUGGGUUCUUUUAUGAAUGGCGUCAUAGGUAAAAUAAUCAAUGUGCAAUCAACCAUCAUUGCUGUAGAAACCGCAAGAACGACAGUUUACGUUUAUCCGAUAUAUGACAGCCACAGAACCUAUUAUUAUCCAAUCAUACCUGCAUAUUGUCAAACGGCUUUAAAAUGUCAAGGACAAACACUCCCACAUAUUACCUGGGCCAUCGACAGAGACACAAUUGGUCCCGGCAUUGGCUACGUUGUGUUAUCACGAGUUCGUGAAGCACGAAACGUAGAAUUUGCGACAGUAUUAACAGCAAAACACAUAACGCCUAUGACGAUAUUGCAGUCAUGACAAUUGUAAAUAAAUCAGUAACAAUGUUUACAGAACAUAAUUCAUUUUUUACUUUUUCCCACUACCCACACCUACGCCUACUGUUUGUUUGAAAAAUUAAAUUUUGUUUGUAUUAAAUGUACGCGCGUCUUCUACGAUCAUUAACGAAAUAUUGGUAUAGCAAUAAAAUAGUACAGAGUACAUUGUUCAAACAAUUUCAUUGUAAUUAACUACAACCUAACCGAGAUCUAUUAAUGUCCCCGUGCACUGUACCUUUGUAAAACAAAAUCCUCUUUUUAAGGUGGACUUUUUAUUAGUAAUAUCAAAAAUAAAUAAAAGCAUUCCAGCAAUUCAUAUUUAAAAUGAUAUUGGCCCAGCGCUUUAUCUAUGAUCAGUAACAAAACAUUAGUAUGGCGCUAAAAUUUUUUGUUUUAAUUAACUACAUCCGUUGCGUAUUGUUCCACUGUAAAAAAUUUUCUAAGAUGUCUCCAAACAAAAAUUAGCCGGUAAUACAUUUUUUAAACGCGCACAUGACAAAAAAUCACACUUAAGGGCAUUAUAACUUAAGGAAUCGCACUUAUCGGCACUAUAAGUUAUUACGUUGUUAUAAAGUAGACUUUUUAAUUCGCAAUAUCGAAAAUAAAUAAAAGCAAUUCAUUUGUAUAUGUAAAUUAAUACUGAUGCCGCACAUUAACC